AAGAUGCAGAGCACAAGGCUUUUCAGGUUUUUGGCUCAGUUCUGCAGCAGGUGGAGGUCUCUAGCAUCCCUGGCAUUGUGAUAUUGCAGCAAAGAGGGACAGCAGUGGGGUGCUGUACUGUCUCGAGUGCUAUGAAACCUUGCACGGAAAGCUUAUUUGCUGUGCCCUUUAUGGCCAGAAAUCCAUACCGUAACAGCCCCAUCAAAGGAGACAGACUUUUUUUUUAGCAGUGGUGUCUGGUUCUUCUGCUGCUCUUUGGAGCUGGAAGAAUUAAGGGAAAGGGAGGUAAAGCUGCCCAGCAGCUACAAGACUGGAGAACCGCAGCACCGUCAUUGGCAGGAAAAGUCAGAACUGAUCUGAACUGGCUCCUUAUCCCCAUCUCGUGCUGUGUAGUGGUGAAAGUUCCCUGCUUCGGGUGGCGGACUUUGACUCUUGUAGCUUAAAAGUAAAUGCAAAGGCUCCUCCUGUGCCUGAGGAAAGAACCAGGCUGAUCUGGCUGCUGGGAACGAUCACAGCUGUAUUGGGACUGUCCACAGGAGCAGACCUGUGCUGUCUAACCUCUGACAUGCCUCUCUCCAGCUUCAUCAAGGACCGCUCCAAGGCCGGCGCAUUGCCUACGAAAAGCAAGAAGGCCUCCAGCUUUCAUGAGUUUGCCCGCAGUACCAGCGACGCCUGGGACAUCGGCGAUGACGAAGAUGAGGACUUCUCUUCCUCCUCUUCCUCUUUGCAAACUCUGAACUCUAAAGUGGCCAAGGCCACAGCAGCCCAGGUUUUAGAGAACCACAGCAAGCUGCAGGUGAAACCCGAGCGGGCCCAGUCUACUCUCGGUGACAUGCCCACCAACUGCAAGGUCAUCAAGUCCAGCAGUGAGGCCCAGCUCUCCAGGACUUCUGAGGAGGCCUGUGUGCGGACCCCCCUUCAGAAGCAGCAGUCCCUUCCCCUUCGACCUGUCAUUCCACUUGUUGCCCGAAUCUCUGACCAAAAUGCUUCUGGUGCUCCCCCCAUGACUGUGAGGGAGAAAACUCGGCUGGAGAAGUUUCGACAGCUCCUUUCCAGUCACAACACAGACCUGGAUGAGCUGAGAAAAUGCAGCUGGCCUGGUGUACCUAGAGAAGUCCGGCCUGUGACAUGGCGUCUCCUCUCAGGCUAUCUUCCUGCAAACUCGGAGCGUCGAAAGCUGACUUUGCAGCGCAAGCGGGAGGAGUACUUUGGCUUCAUUCAGCAGUAUUACGAUUCCCGGAAUGAGGAGCACCAUCAAGACACCUACCGACAGAUCCACAUUGACAUUCCAAGGACCAACCCACUCAUUCCCCUCUUCCAGCAGCCACUCGUCCAGGAGAUUUUUGAAAGAAUCCUGUUUAUCUGGGCCAUUCGACACCCAGCCAGCGGCUAUGUACAGGGAAUCAAUGACCUGGUCACUCCGUUCUUUGUUGUGUUCCUCUCUGAGCAUGUUGAGGAGGAUGUGGAAAACUUUGAUGUGACAAACCUGUCGCAGGAUGUUCUACGGAGCAUUGAAGCUGAUAGCUUUUGGUGCAUGAGCAAGCUGCUGGAUGGGAUACAGGACAACUACACCUUUGCACAACCGGGGAUCCAGAAGAAAGUCAAAGCUCUAGAGGAGCUAGUCAGCCGGAUCGAUGAGCAGGUACAUAAUCACUUUAGGAAGUACGAGGUCGAAUACCUGCAGUUUGCCUUUCGCUGGAUGAACAACCUGCUUAUGAGGGAGCUGCCUCUUCGCUGUACCAUCCGCCUCUGGGACACCUACCAGUCGGAGCCAGAAGGAUUCUCACAUUUCCACCUGUAUGUCUGCGCUGCCUUCUUGAUCAAGUGGCGGAAGGAGAUCCUAGAUGAGGAAGACUUCCAGGGCCUUCUGAUGUUGUUACAAAACCUGCCCACAAUACACUGGGGUAACGAAGAAAUUGGACUCCUGCUCGCUGAAGCCUACAGACUCAAGUACAUGUUUGCAGAUGCCCCCAAUCAUUACCGCCGAUAGGUGCCCAGACUUGACUCACUCCUUUCUCCCAUGCCCGCUCCGUCGUCCUGGCCCGAUCUGAUCACUGUGGCAUUUUUGUCAUCCCAAGUCCUUAGACACUCCAGCUGGGAUUUGAUCCUUGCUGUACAGAGCUCACAUCAACUCUUAACGUGUGCCUGUCUGCCACUCCAUGCACCUGGAUGUGCCAUUUUGAUGACUGUCAGUAUUUUACACCGUGCUGGAGGCUCAAGCCAGGAAGGGAGGCCUUAAGGGGCUGGGGGAGACCAUGGAGGGAAGGUUUACAGAUAAACCAGAGCUGAAGAUGAA